AUGAAACGUAUUGGUAUGUCACAUGCGGUACUCUCCAGGUCUUGCGGAUUCACAAGCGAAAUCUGGGAACGGCUCGGAGAGAUUGCAAUGGAACGGAUUUGCGCCCACGAAAUUGUACAGAAGACUCGGGAAGCAGCUCGAGCAUGGCGAAUAUUACUCGCAUGUGUUAUUGACGAACUUCGGAGUGGUUUCGACGGCGAGGCACGCUACCACAGGUAA